UAUUAACUGCUCAAUAUGGUUUGUACAACGACAAAAUUGGUUUCUUUCAGGACGGUGACAGUUGAAGAGUUGGCUACUAGACUUCAGACAGAUAGUGAAGCUAAGCGUCUCAAGAAGAUGAAAUCUAGAGAUGAAAAUAGUGAGUCCAAAAUUGAUGCAGAGGCAAGUUCGGGAUUAUGUAACAAGCCAGCAGAUUCAAACACUCACCCCUCAGAAGCACCUAAGCAAGAUUACAUCCACGUGAGAGCAAGAAGGGGUCAAGCAACAGACAGCCAUAGUCUUGCGGAGAGGGCUAGGCGAGAAAAGAUCAGUGAGCGGAUGAAAUUUCUUCAAGCUCUGGUUCCUGGAUGUAAUAAGGUAAUUGGAAAAGCGUCCGUUCUGGACGAGAUUAUAAAUUACAUCCAGGCACUGCAGCGUCAGGUUGAGUUCCUAUCAAUGAAGCUUGAAGCUGUAAAUUCCAGGAUGAAUCCUGGAAUUGAAGGGUUUCCUCCUAAAGAGUUUGUAGCACAGGCAUACAAUACUCCUAGUUUGGCCUUCACAGGCUCGCAGGCCCCGAGGGAAUACGAUCAAGGAUCAGCCUCAGAAUGGCUACAUAUGCAAGUUGGUGGUGCUUUUGAAAGAGUCGCAUAAAAGGCGACCGAUCCCCUCUACUCAUUCAUAAUCAAUAAUGAGAGCUACCAAGCUGAAUCUAGUUAAAUUUGUAGGCUAAUUUCUCUUCGUGUCGCCUCCUCCAAGACUGAAGAUGAUCUUAAUGUGUUAUUUUAUCUCCGCCUCGGAGCUGUUCUGUCUAUAUAAUCAUGCAUAUAUGUAUAAUUAUGUAAAAAAGUUGGGCAGCCUUCUAUUCUUAUGGAGAUCAAUGCGCUCUUCAAGUCUUGUUUCGUUGCCUUUUUUUUCAAUGUAUUUCUUGGCAGUGUGAGGCGUGGAAAAGCUGGAAAAUGUACUGAUGUACUAUUACUGAAGUAAAACUAAAUAACGCAUUAUUGUUAUAAUAUUACUAUCA